AUGCCGUUGUUCCUCUACGAUGCGGCCUUUAAUUUUGCCAACAAUCCACUUCUUUAUUGCUAUCCGACGGAGCUUCUACCGUUUGAAAUUCGGGCCAAGGGGUUGAGUGUUCAAGUGGCCGUCUCACAGGCAGCACUGACUGUCAAUCAAUAUGUGAAUCCCAUUGCACUGGAUAGCAUUGGAUUUUACUACUAUAUUUUCUACCUGGGAAUGAUUAUCCUCGGGACUUGUAUUAUAUUUUUCACGUUUCCAGAAACGAAAGGAAAAACCGAAGUUGAGCUUGCAGCUCUUUUCGAGGAUCCCAAAUUGGAACGUGCAGACCCAAUAACGCUUGAAGGGUUGGAAGCAGCACUCGAUCAUGACUCAAAGCCCUGCGAGAAGAGUGCUGUGGUUAACAAGAACGAGGUGCCGAACUCACUCUAA